CGGAACUUCUGCGACAUGGCGUUGUAGAUGAGAGGGUUAAUGGCGCUGUUGAGGUAGACACAGGUGCGACAGAAAAGCAGAAACCAGAUGUCUAGAUAACCCUCCUGCAGGAAAGAGUUGACCACCACCAGUGUGCGGAUUCAUUUAGGUAACAGCUCGAGCGUGCUAUCCGAAUACACGCGCGUCAUACGCGUCGCACGAGAAGGAGAGCAUAAAAGUGUAUGAUCAGGCUCUGUUUCUCCACUGACACCAGUGAAACCCUCCAUCUCUCCUCCCCUCGCCAUGCAGUGUCGCUUGACUGAGAGGCGCACGGUGCCUGGAGGAGACCGGAGCGCUGCGCGGGGGUGGAGCAGGACGAGCCUCUCCUUUAAUUACCGGAUCGAAACCCCGGGAAUGCCUUCAAGACGCAGCUUGGAGCAGGGUCAUGCUAUAAGACGAAUGAUGAAAUAAAAGUGUUCAAAUGGCCGAUCUUAAAGUCCUCUUCUGUGGUCAAGGCGGUGCACGGUCUGAUCACAGGGACCUCGAACGGUCCAUAAAACAGCAGCAAAGUCAUCACUUAGUGUGCACGGAUGAAAGGUCUCUUUCCAAUGAAGAGUGCUGCCAGGCGUAUGUGGAGGAGAAUAUUAAUGAAGCCAAUAGGCUUUCAGAACCAUGGACAGCGACUCUGCCAAACGGGCGACUUCACAAACUCAAUGAAUGGGGAUUAGAUGAAGAAGUUCACGUAUGUUACGACACAGAAUACGAAACAGCUUUUACCGGUUUGACUGACCACACCGAACAAAAAGAUGUCCAAUUGUUAGCUGAGGAAACCAACUAUGACUGUUGGAGUUCACCCAGAGAUCCCCAAGACGGCGCCCCAGAAUGUUCCCUCUUGUCCGUUGAUGAUUUCAUGGUGGAUUCAUCAGAAAAGUCUGUGGAUUAUGGAUUUAUAGGUGCUGUUACCUUUUUGGUCACUGGAAUAUCAUUGGUUGUCAUCUCUUACACUGUCCCACGUGAUGUCAAAGUGAACCCCGACAGCGUGUCUGCCCGGGAGAUGGAACGGUUGGAGAGAGAGAACGCCCGAGUGGGUGCCCACUUGGAUAGGUGUGUGAUUGCGGGACUCUGCCUCCUCACCCUCGGAGGCGUGGUACUGUCAACCUUGCUUAUGAUUUCCAUGUAUAAAGGCGAGAUGAUCCGAAGACAAGCAUUUGCAUACUCCAAGCAUCAAGCCAGACUGUAUGGCUCGAUGAAUUUUAGAGCCGGAGGAAGUCCGACCGUUGCUCCUUCUCUUUUGUCCCUUGACGAAGAUGAAGUUCCUGUUGAAGUCUUGAGUUGAAAAAAGCUUGGAUUUGAAAACAUAUUCAUAUUGAUUCAUAUUGAACAUAAACAGUGUGUUAUACUGCAUAAAUGUUUUAUCCGGUCAGGUUACAGAUAAACAGAUCGACUACAAAAAAGCAUGUAAAUAUUUAUGUGACUGAAUGACUUUUUUGGGUCAAAUAUUGGAAAGUCAUUUUGAUGGGGCAGAUCAGCUAGAAGUUGUACACUAAAGUAACAGAUACAUAUAGACACUUUAAGCAGUUCUUUGACAGAAAACUAAAUGUUAAGUGUAGGAAAAAAUAACGGGACAAGAAACAUGGAGCUUGACUCAUUCUCAUAAUGUGCUUGUGUAAAUGUGAAGAUUUUUCCGAAGCAUAUGUUCUUGUAAAUAUACAGCAUGCUUUACAAGAGCAGUUGUGUAAGUCUCUUUAUUGGUGUGAUCAUUUUCUUUUGGUGUGAGUUUUGCUUUAUUCAGCAAGAGGGACAUCAUGGGACAUACCACUUACUUGCCAAGUGCACAUUUGUGUUGUACUUUCAAGUCAUUUGUCACAUUGGGAAAGUAAAAACUGUUUUUUUUUUGGCAGUUUACGUCUGUAACAACUGAGCAAAUCACUAUAUAUGCCUGUUUUCCA